AUGAGAGUCGUCUCGUCCCUCCUCGCUGGCCUGGUGGCCGCCGCCGCCGGCGCCCUCGCCUUCUCGCCCGAGAUCCCGGCCGGCGUGCCGCGCAACGUCCAGGAGUUCCGCGACAAGCACCCCUUUGAGAAGCGCGCCCCGGACUGCCACCGCAAGACCUUUACGCUCCGCGCCUCCGAGGACGACCUCGACGACGUCUCGGACGAGUUCCUCGAGGGCCUCAAGAAGGCCAACGGCGGCGGCACCCUCUACCUCCCGGCCAACCAGACCUUCAUCAUCGGCAAGCCGCUCGACCUGACGUGGCUCAACGACGUCCACGUCCACUGGGAGGGCGAGAUCAAGUUCACCAACGACACCCCCUACUGGCAGGCCAACGCCUUCCGCCACCCCUUCCAGAACUCCAUCAUGUUCUGGAAGUGGGGUGGCAAGGACGUCAAGCUGUACGGCGAGGGCGUCCUCAACGGCAACGGCCAGCGCUGGUGGAACGAGUUUGCCGGUCUCGAGAUCCUGGACCCGACGAACGCCUACCUCCGCCCCAUCCUGUUCUAUGCGGAGAACGCAACCGGCCUGGCCAUCGAGGGCAUUCACUUUAAGGAUUCGCCAUGCUGGACCACCUUUAUCGUCACUUCCAAGGACAUCUCCUUCACCGAUGUCAUCGUCACGGCCGAGACCAACAACCACACGGCCGAGCCCAAGAACACCGACUUCUUCGACUCGCUCAACGUCGAGGACGUCCGCGUCAAGCGCGCGUGGGUCAACAUCGGCGACGACUGCUUCUCGCCCAAGUCCAACGCGACCAACAUCCACGUCGACACCAUGUACUGCAACGGCACCCACGGGCAGUCCAUCGGGUCCCUCGGCCAGUACGCCGGCGAGAAGAGCUUCGUGCAGGACGUCGUCAUCGAGAACGUCUGGAUGCUCAACGGCCAGCACGGCGCCCGCCUCAAGACCUGGGCCGGCCCCAACAUCGGCUACGGCUUCAUCGACAACGUCACCUUCCGCAACUUCUGGCAGGCCAACAACGAGUACACGGCCUUCAUCGACUCGUGCUACUUCAACAUCAACGCCUCCACCUGCGCCGCCUACCCCUCGCGCAUGAACAUCAGCAACAUCCUCUUUGAGAACUUCUCCGGCUACACGAGCGGCAAGUACGGCCGCGCCGUCGCCAAGCUGACGUGCUCGACCAACCCGAGCGCCGUCUGCGACAACAUCCAGUUCCGCAACUUCAACAUCACCACCCCCUGCGGCGGCGAGCCCGUCAUCCUCUGCGACGGCGUCAAGGGCGGCAUCGGCAUGCCCUGCAUCCCCUCCAACAGCACCGAGGCCAAGGCCGCGCUGGCGGCCAAGUGCACGGCGCCGUUGGCCGUGGCCACACCUUGGAAGGUCAGGCCGUUUGAUGAGUAG